AUGGACGAGAUAACCACUCUUCUCGCCUCUCAGACAAUGCGGACGCCCCUGACAGACGCGACAGCAAGGGUAAACAAGUGUUUAACCCCGAUUACAGAGCGCGAAGAGCAAAUGAGACAAGCACGGCUUCAGAUGACAUCGCCAGUGCCGAUGUCCAUCGUGACAAGCCCCUUAGCCGCGAAAGGGAAUGCAGAGAUCAAUUGCAGUUCACCAGCUCCAGAUUCACAACCCGGGACCAACCGGAACUCCACGAUAUCGGCUGCAUCAAUCAUCUCAAACCAAGGGAAACGGAAAACUCACGUGGGACCAUGGCAGCUUGGAGAGACUCUCGGCAAGGGGGCGAGUGGCCGUGUGAGGCUGGCGAAGCAUUCGGUUACAGGGCAAAUCGCAGCGAUCAAGAUUGUGUCGAAGAAGUCAGCUGCAAUAACGCAAAGUGCGAGUAUUGCGGGAAUGGAUAAGAAGGCAGGUCGGUUUGGAGGAAUAGGGCCGAGGCAGAUCCCGUCGGGCCUUGAGCGCGAGGUUGUGAUUAUGAAGCUGAUCGAGCACCCAAACGUGAUCAAUCUAUACGAUGUGUGGGAGAACCGGGGAGAGCUGUAUCUUGUCCUAGAAUUUGUUGAAGGCGGAGAAUUGUUCGAUUACGUCUCACGAAACGCGCCUCUCAGAGAGGAAGAGGCGGUGCGAAUAUUCCGACAGAUAAUUGCCGGGCUUGGUUACUGUCAUCGCUUCAACAUCUGUCACCGAGACUUGAAGCCGGAGAAUAUAUUGCUAGAUCGACAGUGCAACGUGAAGCUUGCUGACUUUGGAAUGGCCGCUCUUCAACCAACAAAUCGUUGGCUUGAUACGUCCUGCGGAAGUCCACAUUACGCUGCCCCUGAAGUCAUAGAAGGCAAGACAUACCUUGGGGACAAAGCAGAUAUAUGGAGCUGCGGCAUCAUCCUACACGCAUUACUAACUGGAUUCCUUCCAUUUGAUGGAGGUGACCUCCAGUGCACCCUCAACCUAGUGAGGCGUGGUGCUUUCGAAAUUCCCAAAGGGAUUAGCCGGGAAGCUGCAAAUCUCAUCAUACGCAUAUUGGAGAAAAACCCAGAUCGUCGGAUUAGCAUGAAAGAAAUUUGGACGCACCCUCUACUUACGAAGUAUGAAAAGCGCUAUAAAGGGACAGUGAACCAUCAUGUGGGCCCUCCACCGCCGUUGUUGCCGCAAGACUGCGGUCCACCCAUCAGUAACAGACAGGAUAUUGAUAUCGACCUCCUGAGAAACCUCCAGACAUUAUGGCACGACGCUACCCCGGCAGCGAUACUCGAAAAGAUAUUAGAUCCUGCCCCAACCCAAGAACGGAUGUUUUACAACGCAUUGGUGAAAUUCAGAAAUGAACAGUUAGAAAACUAUCAGGGUCAAACUCUCCAAUAUUCUGCCAGCGACUACCACCACAUUUCAGCGCCGGAGCGUGUACCGAAUAAAAGAACAUCUCGUGUGAAGACCAGUUCAACGAAAUGGUCUCAGUUUCCAGCUGUGAGAGAGACAGGCAUAAGGGCCAAGCAUAACGAAGAGCCGAAGUCAUGUGCCACUGUCCGAAGCUACGAUCCGUUCAGGUCACCGCAAGAUAAGUACGCCAAAGAAGCGAAAUACGCCCAAAUCACCGUUUAUCGAAAUGGUGUGGUUGAAAAGACCAAAGAAGGGCCCUUUGAGACUGUCCGGUCAUUGAAACACGCUGCGAAGGGUGAGAUGGAGUACGAAGACCUGGAAUGUCCUCCAAUCUCACCUUUCGUGGUGAUGCGUGACAAGAAGAUUAAGGUCAACUCUGUCAGAUCGUUCCAGUCGAAAACCCCCCUAUCAGGGUCUCGUCGAGCUCUAUACGGUACAUCAACACCUCGUUCUGCCAGUUACAAACGCAAUGUAUGCUUUCACCACACUCGAAACCGCUCGCAAGGAUCUAUGUCUGUCAAAAUGAGAGUUGCCCGGGCCAAAGCUCGUGACCUCAAAAUUGAUUCCAGUGAAAGUAGCCUGGUAUCGGCAUUCGAGGAUGAUCCAUUUUCCGACGCACAGGAGAGCCCCUCAUUGCCGGCUCAGCCUACCGUUGUACGUGGUGCUGCUGUCACGAUCAAGAAUUGUCCUCAGAUGAAGAAGGUGCGAAACAGCGACAUCAUAUGGAAAGACGAUGCGCGGAAGGUAUCCCAUGAGCUCAGUCAAAUAUGUGAGGAGGCUUUUAAUGGCAGCUCACUGUCAACAAAUUGCACCACCAGUACGCGUAUUGGUUCCGAGACGCCCGCCACUUCUGUGUCAAUGGCUAGCCCUGAGGCAUCACAUCAGCAGCUUGCUUCCCACAGUUUGAAUCACUCUAGCAUGGACACGACACCUACGGCCAGAUUAUCGCCAGAGUCCUAUACAGCUGCAGAACUCAUUGAGACUCGGCGUAGGUUCAUUGAAUAUUCUCUUCAGGAUGAGUCAAAAAAUACUCGUUACUUGAAGCCAAUCAUAGGACAUCUUGAUCGUUUGAUUGAGCAGGAUGAACUGAGAAGACGCGAAAGACUUGAAAAACCUCGACACUACGCCAGUUCGAAUGGAAGCCAAUUUGUCCAGCCAUCCAAUGAAAUGCCACAAUCAUCAGGAGCAUGCGAUAACGCGAGCCUUGAACCUGGCAUUCAAAACAAGGGUAAAUACAAACAAGAUGGUCAGAGAGUCACCUCACAUUCGACUGUUGGGAACAGUUCGAACCGUUCCAGCCGCGAUGGGAAACGAACAGUUCGCAUGGUCCCUCAAAGUUCCCUACAGUCAAUCGACCACACCAGGGAUUUGCACAUCCGAAAAAACCGCACCGUGCUUCCCGGGGGAAUUCCAGAGAUGUCCGAUGCGGACACAGCACAGCUCGACAGUGAACAGUCUGCAAUGCUUACGCGUAAAUUCGUCUCUGUCAAUUCUCGUCAAAGUCGUGGUCCUUGUGAAUUAGAUCCCAUCGAAGAAAUCCCGGGGUCUCCCAGACGGAGUGGUACUCGUGCUUCAGAAACCAAGAAAUGGUCAUGGUUUCAAAAUAGGUCCCAGGCAUCUAGUGACAGGGCGACGAGGGCUUCUAUCGACGUCCAGCCUAUACAACGGAGUUCUGCGACUGUAAUCAGACACGAAGCUGGACCUUCAGAACCAAUGCCGGGGGGCCAGCCAGACAACUACUCGGGGAAUCGAAAGCAGUCGUCCAAUAAAACUAAAGGAGGAUUCUUCAGAAGGCUUAUGGCCCGACGAGCAAGCAAAAGUAGUCAAAACCAAGACGCAGAACCUGACAAUCCAGACACAAAUCCCUUGCUCCGACGCCCUCUCGAAACUGGGCGUACAUCAGACACAGAAUUUGCCGAUAAACCUCUUCCACGCCCACCACGCAGUGCAAGAAACCAGAAUUGGUUCGCUCGCGUCUUCCAAAUCAAGCCCGCCUCCCGAGUAGUAGCGCUAAACACAUCCACUACCAAAGCGCGAAAGUUUAUACACAAGAACCUGCGCGAAUGGAAGAAAUGGGGCAUGGAGGAGGUCUACCUGGACAAGGACAAACGCGUCAUUUACGGAAGCGUGGGUGAAGUCAAUCUACUCAAUCUUCGACCUGUCGAAUUCUCCGCUGAAUUCUGCACAUAUCUCGAACAAGGCCGACAAGAGAACCUCAGUCUUGUCCGUUUCAAACAAGAGCGCGGAGCAGCCUCGUCGUUCCACAAGGUCGUCGACACCCUGUAUCUUCUCAUGAAGGGCCAACAGAUGCUCAUGGAAGACCCUGCUCGAGCCAAAGAAAUGGUUCGAAUCCUAGACGACUACCUCAAUCCCUGAAGACUAACACAAAUACCUCUCCCUUUCUGCCUCCUCACCCUCCCACUCAUCCAUCCCUUCUGGAUCAUUCAUUCUGGAAACCUAGCUAUCAGGACUACCAUCUCACC